AUGUUCCUGCCUGCUGCCAAGAUGCACCAAUUCCAGGAGAAGCUCUGGCGCCACAACAAACUAGCAAAUAUUGGACCCAUUCUGGAGUAUAAUGCCAAUGAAUAUCACAAUGAAAAUGUAUAUACACUUUUGGUCAUGAAUCUAAAUCCAUCAGUGAAAGAAGCAUUAACCAGACCCAAUCAGAUACAUUGGCAUGAGGUGAUCAAGGCAGAAAUGGAUGGUCUUGAGAGCAUGCAUAUCUGGGAGACUGUGGACUGGCCCAAAGACACAAACCUCAUGGACUCCAAACUUGUCCUACAGGUCAAGACCAACACAAGCAAUGUUCCAUAUAAGUUCAAGGCUAGAUUCUGUGCACAAGGCUUCUCUCAGAGGGAGGGGAUCGAUUUCGAUGAGAUCUUUGCCCCAGUGGUGCCCAGGGAUAUGAUCAGGACCAUUCUCACAAUUGCAGCAAAGUUCAACUGGGAAAUAGAUUCUGUGGAUGUUACACAAGCCUACCUCAACGCCGAUCUACAUUGUCAGCGGUCAUGCGCCCAAAACCUGAUAUCUGUAAUAGAACCGCAUCUAUUACGAAUCCUGUCGAGAUAUGUGACAGCACUUGUGGUAUUAUGA